CCCCGCUCCAGGGGCGCGGAGGCCGGAGCCGGGACAUCGCGGAGCUUCCUGCCCGCCGGCCCCUUCCGCUCCCUGGGUUCGGUGUCGGCCGAGGCGCGGGCGGGCGGGCCGGCGUCACCCUGUAGCCCCCAGGGGUUUAUUGUGGCUGCAGGGCGCCCUCAGAGGGAUACACACUGGAGGGGACGGGAGAAAUGGGCCUUCUCCAGAAGCCGCCUGUGCCCCGUCUUUCGUUCACGUGUCGGAGGGUCCUGGCGGUGCUGAGCCCUGCCGGCGGUCCCUCCGUGCUCUCUGAGAAGAGUGGGAAUAGGCUAGGUCUCCACAUAUUUAGUAAUUCUCUGAGUCAGUUUCUCUUCUGCGAACUGUUCUUGUGUUACUUCGAUGCGCUAUAAAAUUCAGUCACCCAGGGAUUCCGUGGCUCAGCAACACCUUGUGUCAUGAACCAGCUCCUUUUGAUAGUGUUUUUCUUAUUGUUGUUUUGGGGUUUUUUUUAUUUGUUUGGUUUUGUUGUUGUUUUUUUUUUUUGUCAAGGCCGUUGCAGCCUACAUUUGGCCUUUUAAUUCUUGCCUUGGAAAACCGUGGUCCAUCUCUGCCCAUGAUGUUCCUGCCACUCAUGAUUACAGACUCUGUCAUACUCCUUCCUCAUACUCAUUGUCCUACAAAAGCUUUUCUAGUCUUUGGAUGUCUCAAUACCCUUCUUGAGCCUUUUCUAGUUUCAGUAUUUUCCCUGUUUUUUGUUGAGAUAAAGAGACCACAACUGCUAUUCAGUUUUAUUCUGUAUGUGUUGGUAACUUGGAGCUCUUGACAGCUCCUUUUAAAUUUCUUUGUAAAUUCUACUUAAUCGUGUUAUCAGACACAAUUCCCACACAGUCAGGAGAUGUGGGAUUAUGAUACAUGAUUCUCAAAAAACACAAAAUCACUGUUUGGUGGCAGCCAAGAAAAACACAUCAAAUGGUAGAAUUUUUUGGGAAAAGAAAUAGAAUGUAACAGAAAACAUCAUGAAACAACAGCAUAAACGUGAUCACUCGUAUCUUAGACAUUGUGUAGAGUUCUAGUCUGCUCAAAAAAAGGGUAUAUUAGAAGGAUUCAACAAGGAAGAGUGAAUGCAUCGAAAGACUUUUGUCAACCCAUCAGAGAGGGUUACCACCCUUCAGGCUAGAAAAGAGCCAGUUUGCUGAGUGAGGGAAAGGGGAUGUCUUAGAGGUGUCUGUGAAAUGACACGUGGAGAGAGUGUAGGGCUCAACCACUUGCUUUCUGUUCUGACACACCAGGUGUCUGCACCAUGUGAAGUGAGUGCAUGCUGUCACAGCAAGAAGAGAUAGUUAUUCAUAAAAUGAUUGAUAAAAUGAAGCUUCUUACUAGAUGACAUUGUAGAUGAAAAACUUUUAUGGGAAUUUGAGGGAUACUGGACAAGUGUUUCUGAGAACAGCAUUCAUGGAAUGAACCACUUCAGAUGCAAAAACAGCUUCCUUAGUAGAAAAUGGUUAAAGUCUGUGAGAGUAUAGAGUGGGGAGGUAUCACACGUAUUUGCCUUACCUCAGUCCUUUUGAGGCAAUGGUUUUGGCUGUCUUCAGGAUGGAAUGACCAGUAUCAAUCCUUGAGGACACAAGAAUGACUGGUAUCAACGCUUGACCUGAACUAGUACAGCUUUCUUCUUGAACCAUUUGCCAUGGACAUGAACAAAAAGUUAUUCAAACUUAAUCCUGAAAUGGAGCUGUCUCAGAUCUGUGGCAGGUUGUCUGCGGACACAGCAUUUGGAUUCCUGUACAUGAUAACAAGCUCAAGCUUGAGCAGAGUGCAGUAUCUUCUGGCUUUUGAAGUAUCAAGGCAUGUGUCUGGCCUUUAGUAACCAUUCCAGUCCCUCAGAUCAGGGCUUGUUUACCUCCAGGCAGGUGGUUGGAGCCCCUUCCAGGUGAUUUUCAUUAUGGUUGCGCACCAUUGCCCAGCCUUUCUUGGUGUGUGCUACAGACACCAUAGAUGAUGAGCUGCUUGUCUCAAAGACUGACUUGGGCAGGUUGGAAGAAAUACAAACAGCUAUAUUUAACUCCAUUUCAUGCUCUCUGUCUUUAGAUCCAAGUUACUCUAGAAUAAGAUCUUUUCUGAAGUUGCACAUGUGCUUUUUAUAUUGUCGGUAAAAGAUCUAAGGUGCAUACACUCUCUUCUUCCUCCCCCUUCCCAGCUAUGAACAGUGUGGCUUUCCAGUUGUAUUUCUAUUCCACAGCCUUUCAGCAGUCUCUCCUUUCCCCUUCAGCUAAGGAACAUUUUACUACAAUGAGAUGACAUCUUUAGGAUGCCACAAAAGAAUGAGCAGUGAAAAGUGGCUUGUACACCCAGCAAAUGGUAUUUCCAAGUUGUGUGGGCAUUCAGGGAGCCCUGACUUACAGGUAUGGGUUUAGGCUGACGCAGCCUCUUCGGCAGAGAGACAUUGGAGUCACCUUUGGUGCAGUCUCUUGGUAAAAGUUCUGAAGCAGCAAUUGGAUACUUUACCAGGAGAGUAUUUUUUGAGGUGACUUUGUAAAUGUAGAUCCCACCUCCUGCCUGCUUUUACCUGUAUGAGAGGAACUUCCUCUUGAGUAGUGCUGUGGAUCUAGAAGGAUCUAACCUCUGGAGCAAGCUGCGUGUUCUGUCUUUGUGGGGUGAGCAGUGGUGCAAGGGCAUGUAGGGCACUUAUCUCAGCUGACCUAUGACUGCAGGUUUCCAGACACCUCUGGACAGGGGCACAGUUCCAUUUGGGCGUAAGGGCUGUGCUCUGUCUCUGAGAAUACUGUUUUUCAGGUGAUCAUAAUUACAGGUGGAACAAAUGUACUGGGGACCAAAGACUGUUAAUUUUUCCUAUAGCAUUGAUACUUAUGUUCCUUCUAACCUAGGGUAUUUUUUUCCUUCGUUUUAGAAUUUGGCUGUAUAAGAUUAGAGUUCUCAUACAUGACAUCUGGAAACUGUCACUAAAUAGGUACAGGAUUCUUGUGUAGACAAGGCCUUGGAGUCUCCUGUGCUAAUUUAUUUUUUGUUUUCUUUGAAGAGCUUUCACUCUGUAGUGAUGACAUUUGCCUGAACAGUUCAUGAACUAAUAAGAGGGAUUGAACUGUGCAGAAGGGAAGGGACUAAGGAGUCUGCAGGUACCUCCACCCCCUUCCUCCUGCCUGCUGCACUGUAGGCCACGUGGUGCAGUUGUAGUCACCUCACUUUUACUGGUUUAUGGGUAGAUCUGGCCCUUUAGAGACCAGUAGCAUCUAAAUUUGCCAUUUUACUGUAUGAACACAGUCCUGCCUGAAAUAGUUCCUGUUCUGCUGAAUCUGUGCAAGCUUACCCCCCCUUUUUCCUCCUUUCCUUUAGGCUAACUUUUACUUCACCAUGAGUCUUGUUUUCCUAAACUUCAUGCAGUGUUCUUGAGCUAUUCUUGGAGAUCUGAUUUUUUUAUCAUUUUGCUUUUUUUAUUGUGUGCAAAUGCAACAUGUAAACUAAGAAUUAAUAGUAAAGAAGAUCUGUCACUUUGCUACUUUUAAACUUUGCAUUCCUAUUAACACAAGGGUUUAGUGUAGGUAGAAUGGCUGGAUCAGCACUGUAUGUGUUAUGAAUGCUCUGAAUCCCAGGGCAUUCCUAAAACGCAGCCCUGAACCCUUGUGUGGCUCAUGUAGGGACUCUACAUGAGGACAGAGAAAGGGCUGCUGGUGAGGGACCCAGGGCCUGGGGCAAGCACAGAUGGGUCAACUGGAGCCUCAGGGGCCUUGGGAAUUAAGAGUGUAAAGGUUCUCUAAGAGCCAGAGGCACUGUGGGUUUCUGUGCUUCUUCCCAUCCUCCCCCAAAUGUUUCAGGGUUGCUUCUGGACUUGAGAGCAGUGAACUGGAAGGGGUAUAGAGGGGCUUUCAAACAGCAGAACUGUCUCCCUUAAAGGAUUUACAAGUCUUUUUCACAUAAACUCACUUUAAUAGUUUUUUGAUGUAGUUCUUAAGGACAAGAAUUUGUUCAUGCUAAUGACCUAAGUCAGAAUAUGUGCAUUCAGAAAAAUAUAUUGAAUUUUGGGAGUAUUCGUAAUAGAUGUACAAUAUAUUUCUACCAUAUGUUCUGAGUUACCUCUCCUUGCAACCUCACAGUUAAUUACUGCUUAGUUCCUAAGGCUUUAAUUUACAAACCAAAAGGAAGGCUAUUAAAAAGUAAACUGAAAAAUUAUUAAUAGAUAAAAGAUGUCUAUGGGAGUAUGCCUUUUUAUCUACUGAAACAGUGGGAAACUCUUCUUCAGCAAUUUUGUCUGUGAGGGUUUCAUUUCAUGGGCAUGGAUUUAGUCCUUGCAAAUGCCUGUAUGGGCUCACUGAAGAGAAAAUAAAGAUUCCAGCUUUUGACUUAAGAGCUGCAACUUUGCAUCUGUUUCAGUUUCUUCAUGUCAAAGCAUAGAUGUGUCCUUGCUUAGGGGAUAAUAGCAAACCAGAUUACUUACAUGUAUCAGUCACUUAAAAAAAAAAAAGUUGUGAGUUAAGGAGUGAUUUUAAAUUUCUAACAUGUCCUAAUGAAAAUUCGUUGUUGUAUAGGGCCUAAAAGGGAUCAUAGUGUUUUGUGUUGUAAGAGCAUUGUGUCUAGAAACUGUAUUAUCUGUCUGAACUUGCAGUCAUUUUUAUAAAAAAUACUUCAAUACAUAAUUUAAUAAUGUAUUUAUUUUUAAAAAUGGGGGGGGAAAUUAUGAUCUUGGUCUUACUAGGUAGCUUGACUUUGAAAUUCUCCUCUUGCUUGAGGCUAACACCAUAGGUGGGUUUUUAGGCUCUGAAUGAUCCCUUGUUUUGCAAGCCUGGCCUGAGAAGCCAGCAAGCCAGUAAGCAAUAUUCUGGAAAAGCCAAGUGCUUUCCUCUUAUCCCAUGUAGGUGCGUACGGUGUCACCGGAAUGGUAAGUAACUGUGUGAGUCACCCCACAGUGGCAGGUUAAGGUAUCUUUUUCCAGCAAGCAGGGAGAAGCUGUUUUAGGAAACUUCAUCUUGAAAGCUCUGCAAGAGUGGAAGGAAGGGUUGACAGGGAGGAGACUGGAGUUCUCAUUGCAGUCCAGGGGACAGGGAGAAGAAAAACCCUGAGUGGCUCUACUUGAAAUGACUCACGUUUACGCACUGUUCAGGUGUUUCUGGCAUUCAGAAGAAUCUUUUUAUGGCAAGGAAGUUAAAGCCAGGAAAAUGGAUGAUGAUGACGAUGACAUUCCUCAGCUUUCAUCCCAUACGUUGGCUGCCCUCCAGGAGUUCUAUUUGGAACAGCAGCAGAGAGAGGGCAUGAAGACCUCCCAAGGGUUUAAUCAAUAUUCCAUUGGCUCAAUAGAAGAAGAUUGGCAACUGAGCCAGUUUUGGUACAGCGAUGAAACUGCGUCGUGCCUGGCCAAGGAAGCGGUUGUGGCAGCUGGAGAAGGUGGCAGGAUAGCAUGUGUUAGUGCACCGAGUGUGUACCAGAAACUGAAAGAACUGGAUGGUAAAGAUUUUUCAGUGUGUAUACUUGAGUACGACAGAAGGUUUUCUGUAUAUGGAGAAGAAUUUAUCUUCUAUGAUUACAACCAGCCUUUGAACUUACCUGAAAAUCUCCUGCCACACAGUUUUGACAUUGUAAUAGCAGAUCCACCCUAUCUGUCUGAGGAAUGUCUUCAGAAAACUGCAGAGACGAUCAAAUACUUGACAAAAGGAAAGAUACUGCUUUGCACAGGUGCCAUCAUGGAGGAACAGGCAGCAAAGCAUCUUGGCGUGAAGAUGUGCAAGUUUAUUCCAAAACACUUGCGAAAUUUAGCCAAUGAAUUUCGAUGUUAUGUGAACUAUGCUUCUGGACUGGACUGAUUCUCAUAUGAAGAUCUACAACUUCUUCAGUCAAGCUGCUUUCUGGUUUUUAUCAGUGACUCCACAAUUCUCAGUGCUGAAAUAUUUAGCUCUGAGUACUAUUUCCUGGGCUAGCUUUAAUCAACACGUGUUAGCCUCUCUCUUUUAAAUGAGUAAGCAUUUGCAGUUACUGUGUUUGUAUUUUACCUAUUAGGUAAAUGUGGACCAACCAAUGCAGGGGCUGGAUAACAGGAACUUCUCUGUUUGAAUUUAAUUCUAACUGGUAACUUUUACAAUUCAGAGACCUUUUUGAAGUGAUUUUAGCUUAUAACAACACAUGGUACUUGCUUUGCAGACAUCAGAAUUGUCAUUGCAAAAGAACUUGAUACUCUUGUAGUAAUGUUAGUCCCUUAAAUCUUGAAUCAUAGCGGUUCUGAUUAAAUAUAUUGCCUGCUUUUUAAUAGAUUUCAAUAUCAAACUAAAGAUGAUUUACAGGUAUAUCAAGUUUAUAGUUACAAAAACAGUUUGUUUUUUUCCAGUUGCCCAGUUUUCUUUCUCUCCUGUUCCACAGACAACAGCAGAGCAGUAGAAAUUGUUGAAUUUCUUAGAAAUUGUUGAAUCUUAAAAGGCCACUGAGGAAUAAUGUAAUGUAUUGAUAAACUCCCACUGUUUCAAAUGUUAGAUUUUAUAUACAAGGUUUGGACUAUAUUUCAAUCAAAAUAGAUUAUACAUUAGAAAAAUUUUGCUUUGGGAUAGUAGACAUUUUUGGUAACUGGGAAUUUCUAAAGUUAGUUUUGACUAACUACACUACUAAUGUAUUUUUGGGUGAAAGUUGGUUCGUAAAUUCCAAGGCACUCGACAGUUUAUAAUCUAUAAAUACACUGUACAAAACACAAGUAAUUGUCUUUAUAUGCCAUAUUGUGUAAAAGGCUACCAGAAAUGCUGCAUCUACAAAAUGUAUCACCUAAAAUGAAGUAUUGAGAAAUUUAUUUUGCAGUGGGAAUAAACCUUAUUAAGCUUGUGAGACGAGAUCUUUUUAUAAGGUAGAGAUAACACUCAUGUUUCUGUGCGUUCCUGCUGUUUACAUGCAGAUUUUCCCAUCUGGUUGAGUAAACAACUGAGGAGGAAUAAUGUAGAUAGAAUAUAAUCCUCUCUCAGUGCUCAGAGUAUCGUGCUGCCUGAGCUGGACACAACAGUGGUUCAUAAAUAACCAUCCAAGCCACUGUAGCUCUCUUCUCCAUUUUCCAAGAAAUCUGUUUAUUUCCUAAGGCUUUUCCCUCCUCACACUUUAUACCUGUUGUUCCUGAGUUUCAUUAUAACAGUUUUCUUUCUCUUUCAUGGCCUUGGCUUCUGUCAGACAGGCAACAGGUUUGUUAAACGAGAGAAGUGCAGCAGAGGCAGCGCUUGCAGGAGAACAGGCACCAGACUCUUCUGACAGCCUCCAAUGAGCUCAUGGCCAAAACCAGAAGCCAUCCUUGCCACUGAGCCAGGAUCCCCCCUGAAAAUGCCUGUCCACAGGUGACAUACAGCUGGGUUUAGUUGUUCUCCAGGAGGCUUCACCAUCACUUUUAUGUGGCCAGUUUAAAAAAAAAAGCAAACCAGAGUGUUAAUUGCACGGUUAUUGGCACAAGUCUGUACUUCACAAUUGUAAACUGGUUUAUUACCAAGCAGAUGGAGACAAUGAAAUAACUCAUGAAACUUUGUUUAUAACUCCAUGGAGGCUUCAAGGGGGACAGGUAUGAUUGUCAGAAGGGAGGAUAUUCUUCCCCUGCCAUCCACCCAAAUUAGAAUGUGCUGUUCAAAUCGAAGCUUCACCUGUAUUGCUGCUUUGCUAUUAAUUCCUUCAGUUGUUUGCUUUAUUUUGGUAAAUGUGUGUUGCUGGGCUCUCUACAGCAAAAUCAAAAGACAACUUUGCUAGCUUCAUCAGAGACCUUUCUUAAAAAAAAAAUAAAACUGCACCAUUCAGUUAUACCAAGAAAUUCACUUCCAAGAAAAUAACUGCUGCUUCUCACAUGUAGGUCAGACAGCUUUGAAAAGAGGCACUGUGAAGAUGCACAGUUAUGAAAAUGAGAGUACAUAUAAAUCUGUGCAGAUGCACUCAACAGAGCAGCCCGUUGUCCACCAAAUUCCCUCUUAAAAACCUGAUGAGUGCAGGCAGCUGCCCAAGCAGAGCUUGACUGGGGGCUUUUACAGACUUCAUCAGUGAUGGAAGGUAAGCUGUUUUUGUCCUACAUGAUUCCAAGGCAGAAGCUAUUUCUGAGAAGGUACAAGUCACAAAAAUUCAUAGUGAAUUUGUGCUUUGUGCCAUCAUGGUAACAUUAAGAAAUAUUAUGUGACAACAAAAUCUCUCUUCUGUAAUAGGAUUAUGAAUAAAAACAUCAGUGUCAAGUA